GGUUCGUCUUUAUUCCCUUGCUCUCAGAGAAAACACCCACCCAACCGAAGAAGAACUCCUCGUUUCUCUUACGCUCCUCAACUUCUUAGCUGAUAAUCUCGCCGGAAAUCUCCGAUUUUCAGCUUGAAGAUGAAGAUUCCGGUGGACUGUUAUUUCUUGUGUCGCCGGAAUGUCCGUAUCUCCCUUCCUCACCUUCAUGUCUUCCGUGAACCUUGCUCCAACCGUUUGUGGAAACCCUAAGCAAAAGCCACUUUCUUUUUCUCUAAUUCGAAGCAACAAGUAUAAUAAUCUGAGAGGAAGGUAUCCAUUUUAUUUGGACUUUCUAAUUUUUGUAGAUUAAUCGGUUUAGGAGCUUCGUUUUUUUUGUUCUUUUGUCUGUGUGUUUGGAUCCGAUUUUGCUAUGCUAUAUGACCUGUUUUGGUCCGAUGAAAUGUUCUUUAUGAAGAGAGAAGAUUGGUGUUGAUCUCGAAUAUAAACGAGAAUUAGGUCUCUGUCUUGUUGAUGUAUCAAUAAUGCCUUCGUCUUUUAUGACUACUUUGGUUCAGAUCUUUCUUAGCUGAAAAGAGAUGGUAGAUGUCUAGGAAUCUCAUUUCAAUUCAGCAAGCCUUUUGAGAUUGUUGUGACCAUUUCAGUGCUUUCUACUUUUAGUAAUUUUCGGAAUUGAAGAUGCGAAGAACAUAGACGGAAGAUUCUUAGGAGUAUAGGACCUAGUUGCACAGGAAGAGUCAUUUUUGAUGAUUCACCAAAUUCCUGGUAUGGGUUUGUGAUCAUCCACUGAGAUCGUCAGAUUGGUCUUCUACUGAAACUAUCACUCCUCGGUUCGAGUUCUUCUAAUGGAGUGGUAGGUGUAGGCCUCAGUCUCACAGCAAAACCGACCUUGAUUCCGAGUCACUGAGAAUUUUGAGAGCAGAGUUGGACAGGCAGAAGUAGUUGUUAAUCACUUCUGAUCUCGUUAACCAUGCCUUUUCCAAUGAAGAUCCAGCCGAUUGAUUUUAAUUCCUCCGAAGUAUUAGUUCGAAACGAUCCAGUAAAGCCUGUCAUGAAAUCGAGACUUAAGAGGCUAUUCGAGCGACAGUUUCCGAGCGUUUUGAGGAUUUCAUCGGCCGACAAGCCCGGCGUCGGUGAAAACAAAGAUGUCAGUAACGAUUGGGAGCCGAGUUCUGUAUGCUUGGCAAAUAUGGUUCAGAAUUUCAUUGAGGAGAGCAAUGACAAACAGCCAGCGUCAGCUGUAAAAUGCGGACGGAAUCGCUGCAAUUGCUUCAACGGAAACUGUACCGAGAGCUCGGACGAUGAAGAUUUUUUUAAUGUCUUCGGCGAGUCGGUGGCGGCGGCCUCUUCUGGUGAUGCUUGCGAAAUUCUCAAGAGCUUGAUCCCUUGUACUAGCAUUGCCGAGAGAAAUCUUUUAGCUGAUACUGCAAAAUUUGUUGAGAAGAAUAAGAACUGCAAGCGUAAGGAAGAUUGUAGAAAAAUAGUCACCGACGGACUCAUUACUCUUGGGUACGAUGCUGCAAUCUGCAAAUCUCGUUGGGAGAAAUCUCCUUUGUAUCCUGCAGGGGAAUACGAAUACAUUGACGUGAUCGUUCAAGGGGAACGACUGUUAAUUGAUGUUGAUUUCCGGUCAGAAUUCGAGAUCGUUCGAUCAACAAAAACUUACAGAGCGGUUCUACAAACUCUCCCGUCAAUCUUCGUCGGCAAACCUGAUCGUCUCCAACAGAUUAUCUCCAUCAUAUCAGAUGCCGCAAAGCAGAGCCUGAAGAAGAAGGGAAUGCACUUCCCACCGUGGAGGAAAGCCGAGUAUAUGAGAGCGAAAUGGCUUUCUCCUCACAUUAGAACAGCAGCAGCUUCAGCAGCCACAUCAACAGAAACAGAAGUUGAAACAGAAAGCGAGAAAAAGUCGAGUUUAAUCACAAAGAACUUUUCUGGCGAAUUCGAGCUGAUUUUUGGGGAAAAGAUCUCGCCGUCGGCAACUGAUUCCGGUGAAGCACCGUGUUCGGAGAAGGGAAUUUUUGAAGAAGAGGAGAAGAUUAAAGUUGUGGUGUCGGAAUGGCAACCACCGGCGAUCAAACCGAAGAGUUCUCGCGGAGGAGGCAAAAUUGUCACCGGUUUAGCUUCCGUCCUCAAAGAAAAGCCAUAAAAAAUUUUGUUCUUUAUCAUAA